UCAUCGUUUCGCCGCCGUCGUGCCUGUAGUCUUUGCCGUGCCGUCUCUAUUGUUGCGUGUCGUGCGUGUCCUCAGCGAGCGUACAUAAUAAAAAUAUUAUACACUUGUCGGUUGCGCGGUUAUUAUCGCGCACGCGCAUCGGCCCGGUUCUUUUUCAAAUUUUGUCUCGCCACCCGACGUUUCGAUUUACUCUCGUAAUUUCAAUUAACCGUUUUAUAAUCUCUUCCGAUCGGUGUAAAAAAUCAAAUCGGCAUAUAAUAUAUGUAUUAUACACUCGCCGAUUCUGUGCAGCCGUUCGGUUUUUUUGGAAAUCCAUCCGUUCUUUUCUACCGAGUGUGUUUAUUAAUACAUACAUACGUAUGUAGCAAAAUGUUAAUCCGUGAUUAAGAACAAUUCGCCAAUACGAAUGCUGACAAUGAAAUCGCCUGAUCAAAUAUUACACCGUCCGUGGUAGUGCGACAACACGAGACGGUCGCCAAUUCGUUUCAUAACAAUAUUAUUAUUGUUAUUUGUUUCGAAUAUUCAUCUGUUGCUGUUGUAUAUUGCUGCCCUACAGAUUACAGUUGAUUCGAGUUAUAUAGGUGAAUAAUUAUACCACCGGUGGUCACUAAAAACAGUGGCUAACACCGGGUUAGAGUAGUAUGGACUCUGACGAAGACUUCAAACAUUAUUCGUCGUGCUAUUACGACGACGACACAGAUCGAGCUUUUUAUCCAGAGAACGCACAACAUCAACAUCAAUUAGGUACUAAAAGUUGGCUCGACUGUGACAAAACACCAGUAGUGACUCAUCAACAAUCUCAGUGCCUGCCACACCAGAGAAUAAUUGAAAAUAUUGUGACAUCAUCAAAUAAAGUUCGUAAUAGUAAAAGCGUAGAACGAUGGACUAGAAAUACUGAACUAUCUAGAGAUUUAACGUGUGAUGUAGACGCCUGUUCUCUACGUUCAGACAUGUCUUCUGGAGGUGAAGAUUUUCAAAGUAGCCCAAAUAUGAUGCCAUCAUCUGUAUCUUCAACAAUCAUGUUGAACAGUAAUAGUAGUACAAACGAUAUGAAUGGAGCUGUGACUAGUGAAAAUAGUUGCGGAGGACUUGUAGUUAUUAAACAAGAACCCAACACAUUGCAAGAUUAUAAAAGCAUCUCAACCAACUACAGUAAUAACACAACAGAAGGAUGUAAUAUGCUUCAAAAAGUACCAUCGCUAAGUGAUCUUUCCGAUCCAGAAAACUCUUUAGAUCAAACCCCGUCAGCGGUAAACACCAACAGCACAAAUAGUGCUGGUGGACAAUUGGUUCCACCACCUCUAACACCUGGUACAAAUAAGAAAAUGACCGAAGCCUUGCAAGCUACAUUCGCAUCUUGGGAAAAAGAACGACAUAAGUUGAAUGUCCCAAAAGAUCCUAGGCUGUGGACUGAGGCGCAGGCCGCGCAUUGGUUCUGGUGGGCUUACCGCGAGUUCUCGGUACCCGAACCACCGCCGACGCCGUUACUGCGUCGCGUUGUGUGCGGCACGUCUCAAUUCCAGAAAUUCACCACGGCCAGUCCCAACACCACGAUCAUGGGCCGCAGCAGUCAAAUGAUCCGGGAACGCGUCCGGCGCGGUCGCCGCCGCCUCCGCAGCAGCGGCAACUGCAACGGUGGCAGCAAGUCGCCGGGCAGCAGCAACGACGACGAUGACAAUGAUCCGGACAAAGAGCUGGACGAUGGCGACGACGAACCGUUCGAGGAGCUGGUGUCGUCGUCGAGCGGCGGUAACCGACCGCUGUAUGCCCGGAAGGGCAGGCACUUGUGCAAUAUGGGACGCGAACGUUUCGUGGCCGAGGCGCCGCCGUUUUUGGGCGACAUCCUCUGGGAACAUCUCGAAAUGAUGCAAAAAGACGUCGAUAGGGCUGCAUCGAUACCCAUGUUCGGCGGUGGCAAUCAACAUUUAUCGUCGUUACACAACACUAGUGGCAAUAGCAAUAAUUCAAAUUUCUAUCAUGAAAAUUUCGUACAACAUCAACAACACAGACAUCAGGUGGACGACAACAGUGGUUUAUUCUCUUCCUAUCCUGUACCGGCUGCAUCCGAACCGCAGCAUAUCCGGUUGCAAUCGCCACCACACCGACUGAACCAUCGUAAUCGCAAUCUCCAUCAUAACCAACAAUACGAAACAGGGAUCACCUACUCGUCGAGCUUAGGGACCACCACGCCGCCCAGCCAAACCGGCGGCAGCGGUUCCACAACGCCUGACAACAACAUCGCCGGUUCCGGUUUGAUGGUGUCGGGCGGCGGCGAAAACGCCAUGGAGUCGACGGUAUCGUCACCCCCGGAUCUCUAUCCGCAGCAACCCUCGGCGCCUCAGCCGACCGCCAUACCUCUGAUUCAGCAGCAGCAGCAGCAGCAGCAGCAACAGCAACAGCAACAACAACAGCAGCUGAUGCAGCAACAGCAGCAAAACAGAUACCAACAGCAGAGAGACUAUCACCACCAGCAACAGCACCGAGCCAAUCACCGGUACAUACAGCAACAACAACAGGACAACUAUUCUGGCGAACAGCAACCGUACCCGACGACCAGUGGCAGCCCGUACUUGGACGCCGGCGGCGGUACUACGUCGCCUUAUCUGACCGCCGGUUCUUCGGUGCCGCCGUCCCAGUCUGCCGCACAAACCGUGCCCAACGGUGCCACCACCACGACAGGGCCGGCUCAUCAGACCUCCGCUGCCACAGCGGCCGCCGCACUGGCCGCGGUCGAUCACUGGGCAGCCGCCGCCGCUGCAGCCGGUGCCGAUUCGGCGCUGCAACUGCAGUUUAUGCACCAGCAACAACAGCAAUACCAACAGCAGCAGCAACAGCAUCAUCACGGCCAUCAACAGCAGCAACAACACCAUCACCAACAACAGCAGCAGCAGCAGCAACACCUCCACCAUCACCAUUACAACAAUAACAAUCCGCACGUCCAACAACAACACCAGCAGCAGCACCAUUUGAUGGUGCCCGGCGGCGGCAACAACAACAUGUCGGUCGAUAUAAAACCGUGUUUGCAGUUACAAGCUCCUCCGCUCAUCACCGGUUAUACGCCAAAUGGCGGUCCUUGUUUCACCGGCAGCGGACCCAUACAAUUGUGGCAGUUUUUGUUGGAGCUGUUAACAGAUCGCGCCUGUAAGGCGUUCAUUUCAUGGACGGGCGAUGACUGGGAAUUUAAACUUACGGAUCCGGACGAGGUGGCCCGCAGGUGGGGCGUGCGAAAGAACAAACCAAAAAUGAACUACGAAAAACUGAGCCGUGGUCUUAGGUAUUAUUAUGACAAAAACAUCAUACAUAAGACGGCCGGUAAACGAUACGUGUACAAAUUCGUUUGCGAUCUCGAAAGCCUUCUUGGCUAUAGUGCCCAACAAUUGCACGCCUUAGUUGAUUUCAAACCCGAGUGCGGAAACAACAACAAAGACGAUGAGUAGAUGAUGGUGUUCACAGCCGUCGUUUUUACUACUGUAUACGAUCGCAAAGACUGAGCUGCCGAACGACAAUUUUUUUUUUUUAACUAAAACAAAUUAACGAUAAUAACUAUAUUAAAGAUUAAAUUUGUGUACACUUGAAUGUGUAUUAUUGUAAAUAUUAUUUUAAAAAUAAUCGAAUUGAUCGCGGGGAUUGCGAGCUACUUGAUAAAAAAAAAAAAAUAAAACAUCAUUAUUGUUACACGUAAUUUUUUUAUCAUUUCCUUUUUUUGUGUAGUCAACACAUGUUGUUUAAUAUAUUAUUUAUACGUAUAUAAUAUUAUUUACCUAGUUUUAUCAUUAUUUUUAUUUUAUUUUUACACCAAUUUUGAACGCGUUCUAGCCGAAUUAGUAAUCGAGCUUUUCUUACCAUGUAUAAUGUAUAAUUAUAAUUAUUAUUAUUAUUAUGAAGUAUGUAUUAUGAAAUUCUAUCGAGCUUAAAAUAUAACUAUGUCAAUUGCUUUGAUUGAUACGGUGAAAUAAUUUGCAUGUUAUGAUAAACAAAAAUCAACACCGUAUUGUUAAACUUAUUAUUAUUAUUAUUAUUAUGAAGAAUUUUAUUAUUAUUUAUUACAUUUUCGUACGCGUAUAUUUAAAUAUAU